AUGGACCGUCCCCAUGACCAGGAGAAGACGAGGAGCUCGAAGCGGAGCGACUUCGGGAAAUCUGUUGCACCGCGUUCUCCGCUUCGUCAGGCUCUCGUGCGCAUCCCUGAACAUUUGAGCUACGAAGAGGCGUCAACCCUUCCAUGUGCUGCUCUUACCGCCUACAAUGGCCUCUUUGGCGGCAAGCCCACCUUGAAGGGCGGUGACAUUGUCCUAGUCCAAGGCACCGGAGGCGUCUCGAUCUUCGGUCUGCAAAUCGCCGUCGCUUCGGGUGCAACCGUCAUCGCCACGUCGUCCUCGGACAAGAAGCUCGAGAUUGCGAAGAAGCUCGGUGCCAAGCACGUGAUCAACUACAAGACGACGCCGAAAUGGGAGGAGGAGUUUCUCAAGCUCACGAACGGCCGCGGCAUUGACCAUGUCCUCGAGGUCGGUGGCCCAGCUACGGUCAUUCAGUCCGCAAAGGCGACGAGGUAUGGAGGCAACUUAUCCGUCAUCGGCAUCGUGGCAGGGCCAGGGGACGCCAGCCAGCUGCCCUUGUUCGUCCAUGGCAAGGGUCUCCACUACCGCGGUAUCAUCAUUGGUUCUCGCCAACAGUUCGAAGAUUUGAUCCGGUUGAUUGAGGCGGUGAAGCUGAAGCCUGUUGUGAAUAAGGUUUUCGAUAUCGAGCACACCCGAGAAGCGUAUGAGUAUCUGGAGAGCCAGCAGCAUGUCGGGAAGGUCGUCAUCAAGGUGUCUAGAAACUAG